AUGACGUACUCUCAGAAUACUCCCGUGCUCAUUCUCAGAGAAGAAACGGACACUCGGUUUGGCAAAAAUCAGAUUGUGAGAAACAUUGAAAUGUGCGAGAAGAUCUCUGAUAUUCUCAAGACCACGCUGGGCCCAAAUGGCCUUGACAAAAUGUUCUUCAAUGGAAACGACAUGCUUAUUACGAAUGAUGGCGCUACAAUAAUGAAGAGUCUUGAAAUAGUUGACCCUGCAGCACAGGUCCUGCUGAAUAUCUCAGAGGCACAGGACAGAGAUAUAGGCGAUGGGACUACGAGCGUGGUGAUACUCUCUUCUGCGAUCCUGAGAAAGCUAAAGCCCCUUGUAAAAGAAAACACUCCUAUCUCUCUGAUAACAAAAGAGCUCAGCAGACUCGUGAAAGUCAUCACAAAUAUUUCAAAAGAAAGACUGAUUGCCUUUGACAACGAGUCUCUGCAGAUUCUUGCAGAAACAAGCCUGAACUCAAAGAUACUGAGCAACCACAAGAAACAUUUUAGCAGUCUUGUGAUUAAAACACUAAAGGCAAAAGACAAAGACAUUUCCAUAAAGAAGGUAAGCGGAGGGUCUAUAGAAAGCAGUUUCAUAGUAAAUGGAGUGGCUUUUGAGAAGUGCUUCACAUACGCAGGAUAUGAGCAGCAGCCCAAGAGAAUUCUCAAUCCAAAAAUAGCAGUGAUGAAAGUGGAGCUUGAGUGGAAAAGUGAAAUUGAAAACAGUGAAAUGAGAAUCUCCGGGGCCUCAGAGUAUUCAAAGGUUGUCUCAACAGAAUGGAAGCUGAUCACAGACAGACUGGACAGAAUCAUCCAGUCAGGCGCUAACAUUGUGCUUAGCACUCUUUCCAUAGGAGACUACGCCACACAAUACUUUGCCAAAUACGGCGUAUUCUCUGCAGGAAGAGUUCCAGAGCAGGAGAUAAAUAGAAUUACCACGGCCUUUGGAGGGAGAGUGAUCAGCACUGUCUCUUUGAUCAGCGAUGCAUCGCUGAGUAAAUGCGCGCUUUUUGAAGAAAAAGAGAUAGGAAGAGUCAGGUACAACCUAUUCUACAAUUCACAAGACAAGUCAGAUACGUCAUCAGUGGCAACAAUAAUCCUCAGGGGGCCAGGGGCUGAAAUACUUGCGGAAGUAGAGAGAAGUCUGCACGAUUCCAUGGCUGUAACAAGAAGAACAGUUGCUAGUAAGGAGAUUGUUGUGGGCGCAGGAGCGUAUGAAAUGGAAAUAAGCAGAGAGCUGCGCAAACUAUCCGGUAAAUGCAGCACAACUGAAAGAUUUGUUAUUAAAGCUGUUUCUGAGGCCUUUGAAGCGAUUCCCUUCCAGCUGGCCAAGAAUUUUGGACAUGAUGCCAUAAAUACAGUCCAGAUGCUCAGAAAAGCGCAUGGAGAAGGGCUGGUGCACUACGGAGUGUCAGAGGAAGGAGUUGAAGACUCGUUGAGUGCGUACGUUAUUGAACCGCUGCAGGUCAAGACACACAUGGCAAAAGCAGCGAUUGGGGCAGCCAUUGCCAUCCUUUCCAUUGACUCAACCAUCGUAGCAGGAAGUAAACAGCAAUAA